AUGGCUGGCGGUAUGGAACUAUCGAAGCCCGAAUACCCCAACGAGGAACAUGGAGAAGUUGCGAGUCUCAGCAACGAUGGAGAAGAGCCAACCGAGGAAGAAAGACGCACAUUACGAAAGGUUUCCGACAAGCUUCCCUGGGCCGCAUUCAUCAUCUGCGUCAUCGAGCUUUGCGAGAGAUUCACCUACUACGGUCUAUCUGGUCCCUUCCAGAACUACAUUGAGAACAGUUAUGGCGGCAGAGUACCCGGAGCCAUUGGUCUUGGACAAACCGGAGCUACUGGCUUAACCGACUUCUUCCAAUUCUGGUGCUAUGUAUGCCCUGUCUUUGGUGCUAUCGUCAGUGACCAAUAUCUCGGAAAGUACUGGACUAUCUUCUACUCCGCUCUCAUCUACAUCCUCGGCAACCUUAUCUUGUUCUUGACUUCGCUCCCGGUUGCUAUCGAAAAUGGCGCAUCUUUGGGAGGUCUCAUCGCCGCUAUGAUCAUCAUUGGCAUUGGCACAGGCGGCAUCAAGUCAAACGUAUCGCCUCUGAUCGCGGAGCAGUACCAAAACACCAGACAAUUUGUCAAGACCCUGAAGAGUGGAGAGCGCGUUGUGGUGGAUCCCGGAAAGACCAUCCAGAGAAUCUACUCGAUCUUCUACAUGAUGAUCAACAUCGGUUCUCUGUCGUCUAUCGCCACUACUGAGCUUGAGGCCAACAUCGGUUUCUGGCCUGCUUAUUUGCUUCCUUUCCUUAUGUUCCUUGUCGGAUUUGCCGUUCUGGUUGCUGGAAAGUCCAAGUACAAGGUAAGAGCACCUGCUGGAUCUGUCAUUCCCAAGGCUUGCAAGGUCAUGUGGAUUGCCAUGAUGAACAAGGGCAACUGGAACGCUGCCAAGCCUGAAUACCAGGAGGAAUUCGCCGGAAGCAAGAAGUACAAUCUGAAGUGGGACGGCAUCUUCGUCGAGGAGGUCAAGCGUGCCCUCGUUGCCUGCAAGGUCUUCUGUUUCUUCCCCAUCUAUUGGGUCGUCUACUCUCAGAUGCUGAACAACUUCAUCUCCCAGGCUGGCCAGAUGCAGCUCCACGGUAUCCCAAAUGACUUGAUGCAGAACUGGGACCCUAUCACCAUCAUCAUCUUCAUUCCUAUCAUGGACUAUUUCUUCUACCCUGCACUCGGCAAGCUCGGCUUCCAGAUGAAGCCUAUCACUCGCAUCACUCUUGGCUUCAUGUUCGGUGCAGCUGCCAUGGCCUACGCUGCAGGUGUUCAGAAGCUCAUCUACAAGACUGGACCUUGCUACGACGCUCCUGGUGCUUGCGAGGCCGGUCUGCUGCCCGAUGGAACAUACGCACCCAACAACGUCCACGUCGCCAUCCAGGCCCCUGCUUACCUUUUGAUUGGUCUCUCUGAGAUCUUCGCCUCUAUCACUGGUCUAGAGUACGCCUUCACCAAGGCACCCGCAAGCAUGAAAUCUUUCAUCAUGUCGCUUUUCCUCCUGACCAGUGCUUUCGGCUCGGCUCUCGGCAUCGCACUCUCGCCCACAGCAGUUGAUCCCAAGCUCCUCUGGAUGUACGUUGGCCUCUGCAUUGCCUGCUUCAUUGCCGGUGUCAUCUUCUGGGUCAUCUACAGCAAGUACAACGAUACCGAAGAAGAGAUGAACGAGCUUGAGAAAUUUACUGCACCAGCUAAGCCAGUCGAACAAGCCGACGAGGAGAAGGCUAUUGCUGCUGAGGCUCCUGCUCGCGAAAGAGUCGUCUCUGAAUAG